UCCACCUCCUCCUCCUCAGUGGCUGCUCCCACUUUGGACCCUGCCUCCACCUCCUCCUCCUCCUCAUUGACUGGUACCUCCCAGGCUGCUGCCCCACUGGGUCCGCUGGAUGUCUCCUCAUCUUCCAGUGAUCCUGGGGCUGUUGAUGAGUCCAGUGUUCCAGGGAUGGACAGGGUCGACAGCCUGGCAGAGUAUCUGGUUGAACUGAGGAACCAGCCCUCUCUUGCCCUCAACAACCAGCAGGUGAGCAACAUUGUUGCUCUGUGGCAAAACCUGCUGGAGUUUGACAAGCAGAGGGUGGUGUUUGCUGCCAGACACCAGAGCAGGCUGGAUACGGGGAGGUUCAGGUCACCCAAGAAGAAGCAGGAGUUCACGCCGGGAGUAGACAGCCUCAAAAGGCACGCCCUCACCACCACUGCCCCUCUUGCCCAGUGGCCAGAUUGCUGCCGCCUGAUUGAGUCCAUCUUUGUCCGGCUCUGUGACAUCCACCGUAGUCCCAAGAAGAGGGGGACAAUCACAGUGUCCAGAUGGGACCUCAUCUUGGAGGACUACAGACAGAUCAGGCGGCGCAUUCUGGGUAACGGGACAGUGAUGCAGCAGACCGCCCUGCAGCUGGUGGAUGUCAGUCACACCACCCUUGUGCAGUGGCACAAUAAAAGGGUGAAGAGACAGGACACUGCAGUGAUGUUGCAGGGGCUCACCCUGCCCAGUCGCUUGUCUGCAGCAGCCAACCCUCUUCCUGCUGCAAACGUGCAGCCUUUAUUUGCAGCCCCCCCAGCCUGGCCCCUCUUACCAGUACCAGUUCCCCAGCAGCACUGUGGGCCAGGCAAAGAUGAAAAAAAUGAAAACCUCACCAGCAUCUGA